AAUUAUGCUCAUUCGGCUGUGUUGUCUUCACACACACUUGUUAUUAAUGUUUUUAUUUCCAUUAACGAAUUAGCUUUCUUUUGUUUAUUAGUUAUUUUUUGUUGAAAAAAAGUGCUUUGGAUAAAUCAUGGAACUGUGGAAAGUCUCUAUUUUUGCAAUAAUAGCCAUUUAUUAUUGUACACAAGUUAACUUUGUGGCUGGCCUGGAAUGUUAUGUUUGUUCCAAUCAAACGGGUAAUGUCGAGAAAUGCUUGAACACCAUUAAAACCUGUGAACCUGGCGAGGAUGUUUGUGGCACCGAAAUCCGUUGGGGCAGUCAACCAUAUUUCUCACAGGGCGCCCUCAAACAGUACUAUGUAUCGAAACGUUGCAUGACCAAACAACGCUGCCAAGCCCAACGUAAACGUCAUAUGCCCUAUUGCACACACAUUUGGUAUGAAGAUUGGUCGUGCCAUGAGUGCUGCCAGGGUGAUCGCUGUAAUUACUUUGUUAUUAGUGGUUCUUCAAAACUUGAAGGUGCCAUAAAUUCAGUGAUUGGAAUCGUAUUCGUUACGGUGCUAGCAGGACUACGAAAAGCUAUUGUUUAAUAAGAACGUAUCGCAUUAAGCUGCAGAUAAAUAUGUAUAGAAAAAUAUACAUAACUCGAAUACAUUUUUAUAUAUAUAUAUAUAAUCCGUCCAUAAAAACAAGUGCUCUUAUCCUUCUAAGAAUCUCUUUAAAAAAAAAUCAAAUACUACAAAACAUGACUAGGCAUUUAGUAUUAAAAGUUUUUUAACACAUUUAUUUAAUCCGUAUUUUUUAGAUAAUAAAAAAAAACUACAUUCCUAUAUUACGCACAUUCCGUCCACACGUUCAAAUUGUCUUUACAUAUAUUAUUUUUGUAGUUAAUUAAAUAGUUUUUAUAUGUAAUGCCAAAAAACGAAUAAACUACAAUUGUUUUACACUUUAUAGCACUCAAGUGUUUCAUUGAAGAUAGUUAUCAUUAUCGCACUCUAGAGCGAACAUCAUUCAAUGAAUAUUAAUUGACUAAUUCAAUCCAUUUUCUCAUUUCAUGUCAAACUUAUCAUUAGGUUGUUAAUUUUUAUUAUGGGGCCAAUGAGAAAAUCAUGUGUACAUUGUAGCUGGUAGUUAAACAAAAUGGAAUAGUUAGCUCUUUGCCAUGGAAGCGGAUAGAAGUUCUAUGAAUCAAAUAUCACACAUUAAUUUGAGUGAAAUUGAUUUAAGGGAGCAGGCCAGGCGUCAGAGUAGCCAUAACCGCAGAGAUGUUAAAUGUAGAAAUUCAUGUAUGAAAACCAUCAUGGCUCUCACAAUCUUGGGUCUACAUAAUGUGCUGAAUACAAGAUUGCUGCUUUGAUUUGUAUAUUUGAAAUUUUAAUGAAAUAUAAACACAAAUUAAUACACUGUU